AUGAAAUGCUACUGUCAUCAAAGACAGAAUAUUUAUGGUAAGGAGGUGACGGUUCAAACCGAUCACAAACCUUUGGUCUCCAUUAUCCAGAAACCCAUUCAUUCGGCACCAGCAAGGUUGCAACGUAUGAUACUGCAACUCCAGAGAUACUCACUUCACUUAACACAUGUUCCUGGUAAGAAAAUCCCGGUGGCAGACACUUUGUCCAGAAAAUACUUACCCGAUACCUUACCAUCUAUAUCAGAUGACCUUGAAGCCCAAGUUCACAUGAUAUCGAACUCUAUACCUAUGAGUGAUGCCUGUCUCGAUAGAAUUAGGUAUGAAACUGCUCAAGAUUCUCAGUUAGUGACCUUGACAAGUAUUAUUCUGAAUGGCUGGCCCGAGCACUUGGCUCAAUGCCCAUACUCUGUUAGAGAAUUCUGGAAUAUUAGGGAUGAAUUAUCUGUUGUAGAUAAGUUAGUGAUGAAAGGUCAAAGAAUUGUGAUACCAAGGUCAUUGCAAUCUGAAAUGUUAGAAAAACUACACACAGGUCAUCCAGGGGUAGAGAGAACUUUAAGACGAGCUCGUGAUUCGAUGUUCUGGCCGGGUAUAUCACAACAAGCACGUGACAUGACACUUACUUGUCCCACGUGUCUCACACACCGGAAUUCGAAACCCAAAGAACCCUUGAAACUGACUGAUGUUCCUGACUACCCAUGGCAAGUUGUUGCUACUGACCUUUUCACAUGGGAUGAUCAAGAUUUCCUGAUAGUGGUAGACUAUUAUAGCCGCUUCUUUGAAGUGUUCAAGCUCAAAAGCACAACUAGUCAGAGUGUUAUUACUAAGCUACAGGAAUCAUUUUCUAGACAUGGCAUUCCUGAGAAGGUAGUGUCUGAUAAUGGUCCCCAAUACUCUAGUCAUGAAUUUAAGGAUUUUGCCCAUCAAUGGAAUUUCAACCACACAACCUCUAGCCCUAGGUACCCGCAGUCCAAUGGACUUGCUGAACGAACUGUUCAGACUGCCAAGAGAAUGUUGACAAAGUCCAAAAAGGAUGGUCGCAAUUUGUUUCUGUCUAUUCUUGCUUAUCGCACCACUCCUCUCAACAUAGGUCUCUCACCCUCACAGUUGCUUAUGUCCAGAAGGUUAAGAUCAGACUUGCCAGUACACCCCUCCUUGCUAAAACCUCAUGUUCAUAACCAGGUUGAUGUCAGACAUUCUAUGAUGAAUGAAAAGGUUAAGUCAAAACAGUAUUAUGAUAAGAGGUCAAGGUUGUCUACUCCUUUAGAUACAGGAGAUAAGGUCAGAGUUCAGUUACACUCUAAGACAUGGACUCCAGCAGUAGUCUUAAAACCUAAUAAUGAAAGGUCAUACUUGGUAAAAACACCUAAUGGUUCUGUUUAUAGCAGAAAUAGUAGACACAUUGUUAUGUCAAAUGAAAAUGUACACUGUGACCAUGAGAAUCCAAACUUCACUUUGUUCGCUCCACAACCCACUACUCAGGGAGAUACUCUAAACAUGCAGGGUGAAAAACUUGACACAGAUUCUACCCGACCUACUUACUCACCAGGGGUACAGUCCAACCAUGAUAAACAUAUGCCAGUACAGUCUAACAUGCCAUAUGUAACUAGGUCAGGGAGAAUUGUAAAGCCCAUUGAUAAACUUAAUCUUUGA